AUGUCAUCCAAUUUGAAUUACAAACAAAAGGUCAACGUCGAGCGUCGAACAUGGGAUUUGGAUGUCUACGAACAGAAAGCCAAGGAACGAGAAACUACUAAGGGAGUCGUAGGAGGCAAGACGAACCAUAAUAAAAAGCCAAAGUCCUCGAGCAAAUUAAAAAAGGAAGCAAAGGUGGGUGAGAAACGAUCACUCGAUGAAGUAAUAAACAAAGGAGAAGAAGAAGAUGCGGUUCAAGAAGAAUUCCUUCCGGCGCCCAAGGGAAGGGCGGGACCGGAAUUGUCCAAACGAGCUUUCUUGAAGCCACGGCAACACCGGGUCGAUGUGAUUGACUCCAAAGUCGGCACGGUGGAAAUGAUCAAUCCCGAGGCGGCGGCCACCAACAAAGCUUUUGGAGAUGAUGGAGCAUCACCAUCGGAUGGAGUGGUCAAGACUGGAGUUGGUUGGCACUGCAAAGUGUGCGAUUGCUUUUUGAAGGACAGUUUGGCUUAUUUAGAUCAUAUCAAUGGAAAGAAACAUCAACGGAAUUUAGGGUACACCAUGCGAGUGGAACGAUCCACCAAAGAACAAGUCACGAGUCGAUUGGCGGCGCUGGCAGAAGAAAGAAAAAAGAAUUCCACAAAGCUGCUGGAUGAUACUGGGGAAGAAGAAAACUUUUAUGAUAUCGUCAAGGCCAAGGAUGAGGAGGCAAAACGACGAAAAGAAGAGCGAGCGAGAAAACGAAAGGAACGAAAAUUACAGAAACAAAAAGAAAAGAUGGGGGAAUUUGUGGAGGAACCCAAAAAGGAAGAGACUGGUGCUGAUAAUGUUGACACAAAGCAAGAAGAACAAGAAACAGAAGAGUACGACGAGGGAGGUGUCGAUCCGGCUCUUGCCGCAAUGAUGGGAUUCUCUGGUUUUGCUGCAGGCAACAAGAGUAGAUAA